AACUUUGAAUAUUGAAGGAAAAGAGAUCGAAAAAAAAAAAAAAAAAAAAAAAAAAAAAAAAAGAGGUCGGGUAUAUACUAUAUAGUUGGUAUGGAAUUUAGGGGAAGAAGAUGAGAGACAGAGAAAUGGUAGCAAUUUCAUUAUACAGAGGGAAUCUUCACCGAGCACCCGAUGUGCCUCGUCGAUGGUUAAUGCCAAACCCUAAAAUCUCUCUUAAAGAUUUCAAAUCCCUUUUAUCUCGUCGUUCAAAAGCUCUUUCCAGAACCUCUUCUUCCUCCAACCCUAACCCUAACCCUAACCCCAAUCAUGUUGUUGAUGAUGUACCAUCAUCCACCACAAACCUAAAACAACUAAUACAAAUUUCCAAUGAACCUGAAAAAGAAGAAGAAGAACAAGAACAAGAACAAGAAGAACUCGUUGAUUCCAAGAAACCGCUUGAUGGAUCCGAAUUCAAGAAUGAUGGUUUAGAGAAAGUGUCUGAUGAUGAUGCUGCUGCUGCUGCAGCUGCAACUUCCAUGGAAAUACAAACUGACCCGAUUAUUGAAAAUCAUGUAGAUCUGCUUAAUGAUGAAGACGAGAAAAGGAAAAAGGAAGUUCAGGACAAGUUACAAGUUUUGAAUGCCAAAAAACAUAAUCUGGUGUUAGUGUUGAAGCAGAUUCUUAAUGCAGAGGAGGAAUUGAAGAGACGGAACAGUGUGCAACAGCAAGGGAUUGCCAUGCGUGGCCCUUCUGUUCCUCUUAAAGCCGAUGGGACCAAUGAUACUGCUUCAGUUUCAAGGUAUAUGGCUCCAAGGGUUGGGUCUGAGGGAAAUCUUGUAGGUGACAUGGAUGGUGUUGAAGCUGAUGAUUUUACUAAUCAUAAUAUGCAACAUUCUCGCCUUGUACUUCGAACUAGUAGCAUGUCUCCUUCUUCAGACUCCCCUCUCAGGAGGACCCCUAGUGGUCAACAGAACAUGGUUUCAAACCCUGCUCGGGGAAGUUUCGCAGCUGCUGGUAGUCCAUCACGUUUUGCUCAAUCAGGACAGCAGGGAAAUCCGAUGAACCUACCUUCUGUAUCUGUGUCAGGAACUAGUUACAUUGCAUCAUCCCCUUCCCCAGCGGCAUCUGGUGGAACUUCUGUUUUUAGAGAUGCGCGACACCCAAGUCCAUGGAAGUAGAACCCUUUUCUUCCUUGUAACAAUGUCAAUGUGUUUAUUGAGUUCUGAACUUCGGUUGCUGUAUAUAAUUCUCAGAACGAGCUAUGCUACCUCUGUCUCUAUGUACUGAAAAUUCUGUGUAUUUUGUUUAUUUGUUUAGUGUCCCUUGGGUGGAGUUAGGGAGGUACUUGGAGAUUGGUCUAGCAUGAUACCAUAAUGCCGAAUUCUUUUUUGUCUACUCUGUUUAGCUUAGCUUGAUUUCAAUGAGAUACAUCAAAAUUGCCUUACAUACUUUUAUCGAACAAGUUAAUUUUUAUGUAUCUCAUUGGCAUAUCGAAUAAUUUUAGAUUAUUGUCAAGUUUUAUA